AUGAAGGCACUAGUAGCUUUAAUAUUUCUUGUUCAGCUUCCAAUUCACAAAGCUGUACCAGCAGCUCCCCCUGCUCCCUUGCGCUGUGAUGACCCAGAAUCUGAAGCAGCAGCGGAAGUAGCUGUGAGUUAUAUUAAUGACCACAGUCAUCACGGAUACAAGUUUGCCUUAAACAGAAUCAAGAAUAUCCGCGUGCUACCCCAGGGGCUGAAUAAUGACAUAAUGUUUCUUGAACUCGACUUAUUAGAGACCACAUGCCACAUUCUCAGCCCUACGUAUCUUGCAAAUUGCACAGUAAGGAGCUUCAUAGAACAUGCAGUUGAGGGUGACUGUGAUGUCAAACUGCAGAAGUUGAAUGGAAAGUUUUCUGUACUUGCUAGUAAAUGCCACUCACAUGCAGACUCAGGUGAAGAUGUUCUCCGACUCUGCCCUGACUGUCCACUGCUGGCAAGUUUGAAUAACACUGAGGUAUUAACAACUGUUACAGCUGCACUCAAUGACUACAACAGCAAAACUGCUGAUGCUUACCUCAAACUCCUUGAGAUCGGACGAGCCAAAAUACAGUAUUACCCAGUGAAUAUUGUCUCUGUUGAAUUUGCUGUGGCUGCCACGAACUGCUCAGCAGAAGAAGCUAAACGUAAUGUAGAGGCUUGUCAACUGCUGCCUGAUGAUCAGUCUAAUUUUGGUUUCUGCACAGCAACAACAGUAAUGCUCCCCUUAAAGGACCUCAGAGUGCACUGCCAGCUCUACGGACAUCAGCCUGGAGUUACCUACUCUCAACCAGGUCAAGAUACAUCAGCAGGACUGGUGCCCAGUGUUGCACAAGGCUUCACAAACCAUAAUCUCAGGCUUUCCCACAAUAACCCUGUUGCAUCUGAAUCCAGCUCUUCAGAAUUUCCUACUUCCAUGCUCUCAGCAAAAUCUGUAGGAAAGAGAGCAGUUGCAGAGGUUGCUCAGCAUGACAAAGUACCUCGCCCAGUUGGCUUUGUGCCGCCUCCUCCUCCUCCUCCUCCUCCAUGCCCAGGGAAGAUUCGCCAUUUCAAGAUAUAG